AUGUGGAAGCCGUCGGAGCGCCUGAUGGAAACCAUCAGGCACUAUGCCAGCUUCCCCGCAACCGGUGUCUCACUGCGCCAGAUGGUCCAGUUUGGCGACCGUCCAUCCACCGGAACUCUCUUCCGUGCUUCGCAAUUCCUCUCCGAGGAGCUUCCCAUUCGCCUGGCGCACCGAGUCCAGGAUCUCGGUGAGUUACCGGAUGGGCUCAGCGAGAUGCCCUCCAUCAAGAAAGUUCAGGAUUGGUAUGCGCAAUCAUUCGAGGAAAUCAUUAACCUCCCCCGACCCUCUCUGACUCAAGAAGUCAAAACCCGCCUAUUGCGACCGGGCCGCCUGAAUGGCCACUCCAAAAUUCUCUCCGAGGCUACUAUGAACCCCAGUGUGAAGGAAGGCCAAUACCGGUCCUCUCCGAUUGUCCCCAAUGGCAAUGGCAAUGGCAAUGGGAAAGCUGCCGCAACAGGCCGGCGGUACUUUGUGCCUGCGGAUGACCAUGCGGAAUGGCCACCAGAGCUCAAUGAUUAUAAUCAACGAUUCGCCAAAACCCUGCAACAGAUCAAGCGGCGUCACGAUGGCGUCGUUACCACUGUGGCCCAAGGUAUUCUGGAAUGGAAGCGCGUGCGACAGCGCAUGCAGAUCGACUCUACGAUCCAGUCCUUCUUAGAUCGCUUCUAUAUGUCUCGAAUCGGUAUACGAAUGUUAAUUGGUCAACACAUUGCACUCACGGAACAAACGCACAUCAAACACCCGCACUACGUUGGAAUAAUUUGCACCAAAACCAACGUGCGGGAUAUCGCGCUGGAAGCCAUUGAGAAUGCCCGCUUCGUUUGUGAGGACUACUAUGGUCUGUUCGAGUCGCCCAAGGUCCAGCUGGUCUGCCGAGAAGACUUGAACUUCAUGUAUGUUCCGGGUCACCUUUCUCACAUGCUCUUCGAAACCCUGAAGAACUCUCUGCGGGCCGUCGUUGAGCGACACGGUGCCGACCGGGACCAGUUUCCCGUGACCAAGGUGAUUGUGGCCGAGGGCAAGGAAGAUAUCACGAUCAAGGUCUCGGAUGAGGGCGGCGGCAUCCCCCGAUCCGCCAUUCCCCUCGUCUGGACCUACAUGUACACGACCGUGGAGCAGACCCCGAACCUAGACCCGGAUUUUGACAAGAGCGACUUCAAGGCUCCAAUGGCCGGUUUCGGUUACGGACUGCCAAUCAGUCGACUGUACGCCCGCUACUUCGGUGGUGACUUGAAGCUGAUCAGUAUGGAAGGAUACGGAACUGACGUCUACCUUCAUCUGAACCGUCUGUCUUCAAGCUCGGAACCCCUGCAAUGA